GCCAAAUUGCGCACUAGCUUUUUGAGCCGCAGAGAAGCUCUCGAGACUUGCGACCUGGCUUUUCUCUUCCCCUUCUCGACCAACGCCGCUGCACCUUGUCCACCUCGAGAUAUCGUCUCCAACACACCCCGAGGCUCCGGUUCAGCGGCAGCUUUGAUUUUGUUGUCUUUGUUCCCCUAGUACUACGCGAACUCGCCGCCCCGCGGUGCCCACAUCAUCUACCUGCCCGUCGAGCGCAUGCGCAAUGUCCUCAGCAAACCAGGUUGAUGCCGUCAACAACGAUGCCGGCGAGGGGCCGAGCUCCUCUGCCGCGCAGGCUGUCGCAUUGACGAAGCCCGAUAGCUCCAGUGCGCCGGCCGAGCGCCGGUCCACGCUGCCGCCGGUCCUGCAGUUCCCGCUCGUGGCGAUCCUGAGCUUCUCCAUCUCGUCGCUGGGCUAUUCCUUCAUCAACGAGUUCACCCACGGCGAGCUGGCCACCGUGAUGCGCACACUGGAGACGCCGCGCGAGCUGGGGAUCAUGACGGCUUGGAGGCUGACGGAGCUGGCGCUUGGAUGGUUCGCGAACUUCGACUCGGUUGACCUCGCGGCGCUGAAUCUGCUUUCGCACAGCCCCACUUUCUACCUCAUGACUGCAUUCUACAACGUGAGCCCAAAGACGGCGAUUGCGGGCCUCACCGUUGAUGUGAUCGCCAGCUUCGUGCCAUUCCUGCUCCUGCGCCCGCUCUCUGCCGCGCACAGGAACUCGUCCUCGACCCCCAACCGCGAGAUCAUCGCCGACACGCCGAUCGCGAUCCUCAGCACGCUCCUGGCCACCUUCAUAUACAGCGUUACGCUCUUCCUCUCCUACAAGACGUUCCUGCCCGGUAUCCUGGUCCUGUACUUUGUCGGUAUCCCCACCGUCGAGCCGCUCCACAGCGCCACCAGCAUCUACGUAUCGCCGCUCGCGACGGCCCUGGCUGCGGCCUCUGGUAUCGCUGCUCGCAGCUUCAUCUUCACCCCCCUAGCUGCGACUGGCCGCACUGAGGCAGACGAGAAGGCAGCGCAGUUUGACCCUGUCACUGCCAGCUUGGGUGAGACGGUUUGGUGGAACAUCUGGGGUUACACGACACAGACAAAGGUCGGUGUUGCCAGGACACUGGCCCUUAUGGCUGUGACUGGUAUCAACACAACCCUCCAGGGCUACCUUACCAUCAGCGGAGUGGAGCCAACUGGUGCAGCAAUCUAUGCAUCUGUUUGGGUCGCCGCGGCCUUCUUCACAGGUGUUGGCUUGGGCGCUGUAGGAGAGGUGUAAAGUGUGUGCAGUACAGGGUGUUGAAAGCUUCGUGUGGGGAAAGAUGCUGUGAAGGUCUUUGGGGCAAGCAAGUCUUGCAAGACAGAGCAGAGAGGACUUGGCCAGCCUUCAUUUCGAGCCAUGUAAAUUACGAAAGUUUGGCUGACAUAGAUCACCCAGGGGCAUAGCACAGGAAUUUUUCACACUUGGAAAGAACAUCAGGGCCAACUUUUUCUUCUC